AUGGCGAAAUAUAUGAAUAACCACAGUAGUAAUUGCAAUCAAACGCAGCGGUUCCUCGACCAAAACUCCCAGAGCACCGUUCUCGCUACUUGCUACAGUGUUGACCCGUCGACCUCCAAGGUCCACGGCUUCCACUACUGCACUACCCUGGGCGCCGGGGUACAGUGUCCUCCCCAUGACAUCCUCGAUUCCCGCGCGGAACGAACUUGGCCUGAAAACAAUUGGCCAGAGCACAAGGGGGAGGCAACGCAUAACAUCCCGGAAGAGUGUGAGAGACUCUUCUGUGACAGACUGUCUGCGACAUUCCUGGGUGAGAGGAAUUUCGUAGGACAGGAGUCACUGGGGAUGGAUGCGUUCCAAAAUAUCCAGUCAAAUCAAAUCGGAAUCCAGCGAUGGAUAGAAGUGUGGGAUUAUUCAGGCGAUGCUAUCUACCGCGGAUUUGUAGCUGAACACAAUAAGGAGCGGACUUUGUUCGUCUUCUUCGAGGACCGUGCGCUUGAACAUGGUCUCAAGUCAGGCCUGAUCGCACUGUUUGAACUUGCCGAUAUUGCCACCUUUGGGUGCUCGCAGAUAGUUGCCUGUGUCAAUCGCUCCCAGCGCACAGAUGAAAUGGAGCUUGUGCGAAGUCUAGGAUGGUGUGGAUUCGGCCUCACCACCUUGGCACCCUGGGUCUCAUGCGAUGACCAAGGGCCUUGCCUUAGUAAUAAAUGGCUUUUCUUGGUUGCUGAGGUCUAA